AUGCUGCGGUCUUACACAUUGCGGUUGGCCCGCAGUUGCCGACAAGGCCCCGUUCUGUCAUGUACUGAUUUCUAUCUAUCUAUCUAUCUAUCUAUCUAUCCUAACAUGUUCCUAUCUAUCUAUCUAUCUAUCCUAACAUUCACUACAUAUCUGUGGAACCCUGUUGCUUUCCUUCCUUCCUUCCUUCCUUCCUUCCUUCCUUCCUUCCUUCCUUCCUUCCUUCUAUCUAUCUAUCUAUCUAUAUAUAUAUAUAUAUUUAUCAGUCAUAUCUAUCUCAGAUUGUUCAUAUCUAACAAAGUCACUACGUAUCUGUGGAACCCUGUUGCUUUCCUUCCUUCCUUCCUUCCUUCCUUCCAUCUAUCUAUCUAUCUAUCUAUCUAUCUAUCUAUCUAUAUAUCUAUCUCUAUAUAUAUAUAUUUAUCAGUCAUAUCUAUCUCAGAUUGUUCAUAUCUAACAAAGUCACUACGUAUCUGUGGAACCCUGUUGCUUUCCUUCCUUCCUUCCUUCAUUCCUUCCUUCCUUCCUUCUAUCUAUCUAUCUAUCUAUCUAUCUAUCUAUCUAUCUAUCUAUCUAUCUAUAUAUAUAUAUAUCUAG